GUUCGAGCGUCUCACAACACAGACCUGCAAGGUUGUCUCUCGACCUGAGGAAUACCAAUCUCUUCAUGGUGUCACUCGAGGUCGGUGUUCAAAAACAUAGUGCUAAAUAAAUGCAGUGUAUCUUCGGACGCCUGUACUCUGGGUCUACGAGGUUGCCUUGUGAUCAAAGAAACUUGUCGAUUAGAAGAAUAUUGCCGAGUGUCAGGAUGCCGAGGCAUCUGGUGAUCAACACUUAAGUCCUCGGUCGUGCCUGCCUUCUCCUCUCCUUCCUUCACACAUUCAUCUUGUGGCCAUCUCGCAAACGACUCACUUCCCAAACAUCAGGUAUCAUACAGCCGACACUCAACAUGGCGUCUCCUCAGCAAAUUCGAACCACAACAACUGAUCUGUUGAAGAUCAACCACCCAGUCAUGCUGGCUGGCAUGAAUGUCGCCGCUGGUCCGAAACUCGCCGCCGCCGUCACCAACGCUGGCGGUCUUGGUGUCAUCGGCGGAGUUGGGUACACCCCUGACAUGCUCCGCGAGCAGAUCGCGGAAUUGAAGAGCUACCUCAAGGACAAGAACGCCCCAUUCGGUGUCGACCUCCUGCUGCCCCAAGUCGGUGGUAGUGCCAGAAAGACAAACUACGACUACACCAAGGGCAAGCUGGACGAGCUCGUCGACAUCAUUAUCGACUCCAAGGCCUCCCUCUUCGUUUCCGCCGUCGGUGUCCCCCCUAAGCACAUUGUCGAGAAGCUACACAAGGCUGGCAUUCUGUACAUGAACAUGAUCGGUCACCCUAAGCAUGUCAAGAAGUGCUUGGAGAUCGGUGUCGACAUGAUCUGCGCCCAGGGCGGUGAAGGAGGUGGACACACUGGAGAUGUUCCCACUACAAUCCUAAUCCCCACCGUCGUCAAGAUGUGCGAGAACCACAAGAGUCCCCUGACUGGUAAGCCAGUACAGGUCAUUGCCGCCGGAGGUCUCUUCAACGGCCAGUCAUUGGCCGCGGCACUCAUGCUCGGUGCUACGGCUGUUUGGAUCGGUACGCGCUUUGUGCUCAGUGAGGAGGCUGGCGCUAGUAAGGCUCACCAGGAGGCCGUUCGCACAUCUGGAUUCGAUGACAAUGUCCGCACCAUCAUCUUCACCGGACGCCCACUCCGUGUCCGAAAGAACCCAUACAUCGAGAAGUGGGAGGAGGAGAGACAGGCUGAGAUCAAGAAGCUUACAUCCGAGGGUGUCAUUCCGGUCGAGCAUGACCUUGAAAGCCUGGGUGACGAUCUCGACGAUGAUACAAUGGACAACGCUCGACCAUUCUUGAUGGGUAAGGCUGCUGCUGUAGUCAACGAGAGAAAGUCGGCAAAAGAGAUUGUUGAUGAGAUGGUUGGCGAUGCUGUGUCAUGGAUUGGCAAGGGCAACAGCAGCAUCGUCGGCAAGAGCAAGCUUUAAGCACCACUGUCUUCACACAUAACGAUUUCCAUAACGCACGCAUGAUUGUUCUUUCUCUCUCUUCCAAGUCUCCUAGUCAGUCCCAGUGACCGUAUACUCGCAAAGCAUAAGAUAAUCUAGAAUCGCGAGAUUGACGAAGCCACAAGCGCGAGUGGGAAGAACGCAAGUAUUUAUGAGUGACUG